AUGUACAGCUUAGAAAGCAAAAAUUAUUUAAAAGCAAAUGUUGGCAAAAAGGAGCCUGCCUCUCUUAACUCUCAUACUGACAAAGUAUGUCUUUCCCCUUCUCCACAGCUCCUCCAGCAACCAGUGGAACUAUUAAUUAACCUGAGGGCAGUCCCUGGCCCGCUGCGAGCACGGCAGGAUCCAUGCAAGGGGCAGGGGAUGAGCUGGUCGGAGGCUGAUGAAGAUUUGGACUUGCAUUCCAGAAAAGAUGUCCACGAAGGGACACGCUUCCCUCUAAGGAGCCAUCAGGUCACACUGACACUGCUGCCUUCUGACGUGGAUGUUUUUCAGCCUGUAUCAGUCAUACAAUCUUCUCAACACAGGGCUGAGGAGAACGGAGAUCAAGCACAUCCACGAAAAGAGUGGCUGGUUGGGAUCGCAUCCGUGAAGCAACACGCUCACCGACAAGCAGAUUUCAAGUCAACCACGAAUGGCCACAAGCUUGGCAGGGGACUCAAGGCGGUGGCUGGCGGGUUCUGCCAGGCUUGGGGGCAGGAGCACUGCGGCUUCCCGGGAAUGUCACAGGCGAAUAGUCGCCAGCAAACCCCGGGUGCGCACAGGACUGAUGAAGAUGGAAGCAUUUUGCCUGAUGUAUGCAAGUGCAGCAAAGUGACAGUGGCUCAUUUCACUGUUACUGAAUAA